AUGGAUGAAGAGUACGAUGCAAUCGUUUUGGGCACCGGCCUGAAGGAAUGUAUUCUCAGCGGAAUGCUUUCUGUGUCUGGAAAAAAGGUAUUGCACAUUGAUCGUAACAAGUAUUACGGUGGUGAAUCGGCAUCAAUUACCCCGUUAGAAGAAUUGUUCGCAAAGUUCAAUGCACCAACACCUGAUGAAUCUUAUGGACGUGGUCGCGAUUGGAAUGUGGAUUUAAUUCCUAAAUUUUUAAUGGCGAAUGGACUUCUUGUAAAACUAUUAAUCCAUACGGGCGUCACCCGGUACCUUGAAUUUAAAUCUGUUGAGGGUAGCUAUGUGUACAAGGGUGGUAAGAUCUCAAAAGUUCCCGUGGACCAAAAGGAGGCAUUGGCAUCGGAUUUGAUGGGUAUGUUUGAAAAAAGGCGUUUCCGAAAUUUCUUGAUAUAUGUCCAAGAUUUCCAAGAAGAGGAUGCUAAGACUUGGAAGGACUUUGAUCCUAGCACAGCAAAUAUGCAAUCUCUUUAUGAUAAAUUCGGCUUGGAUAAAAACACCCAAGAUUUCACAGGGCAUGCUUUGGCUCUGUAUCUGGAUGAUACUUACCUCCAGCAGCCUGCAAUUCAAACAAUUCGUCGCAUCAAGCUUUAUUCCGAUUCUCUUGCCCGGUAUGGCAAGUCACCAUACCUUUAUCCUAUGUAUGGUUUAGGAGAACUGCCUCAAGGUUUUGCUAGGCUUUCUGCUAUUUAUGGUGGAACUUAUAUGUUAGACAAGCCUAUUGAUGAGAUUGUUCUUGGUGAAGGAGGAAGAGUUGUUGGAGUGCGCUCAGGCAAUGAGGUGGCCAAGUGUAAGCAAGUGUACUGUGACCCCAGCUAUGUCCCCGAUAGAGUUCGUAAGAAGGGACAAGUGAUCCGAUGCAUUUGUUUGUUAGACCACCCUAUCAAUAAUACUAAAGAUGCGCUGUCUACCCAGAUCAUCAUACCACAAAAGCAAGUUGGAAGGAAUUCUGACAUUUAUGUGUCUCUGGUAUCAUACACCCAUCAAGUUGCUGCUAAAGGCUGGUUUAUUGCCAUGGUAUCUACUACAGUUGAGACUAAUGAUCCUGAGACUGAGAUUAAGCCAGGACUAGAUCUCUUGGGAUCCAUUAGACAAAAGUUUGUGUCCCUUACGGAUUACUAUGAACCUACUGAUGAUGGUAGCCAAAGUCAAAUCUUUAUUUCUGAAUCUUAUGACGCUACCACACAUUUUGAAACUACUUGCUUAGAUGUUCUUAAGAUCUAUAAGAGAGGCACUGGUGAAGAUUUUGACUUUUCCAAGGUUAAAUUGGAAUUAGGGGAGGAAGAGCAA